AAUCGCACGGGGCGUGCGUGUCACGUUACGCCGGAACCUGACUCCAGCGUUGUCCACCAGGCGCCUUCACUCGUUUCGUGCUUUUAUGUGUCAGUGAGAGUGCGAAGAGAGAAAAUGAAGCGGCCAAAUCCCACCAUCACCGCUAUCUGACAUCUUUCGCCUGGAAGCUGAAUGUGAUAUCGCCGGCCUGUCAGAGGGACUGCUGCCGUGGCUGGAGCUGACGUCAGGCUGCUUCUUCGGCAGCAUCCGCGGGCAAGACAAAGUAGAGCAGCGGAGUUUAGGAAGAGUUGAAGGAGAGAUGAAGUUGAUGAGCAUGAGCUGAGAUAGAAGUCCUGCCAGUGCAGCAGCCAUGUUGACCUUCUGCCGUCACGGCCAGACAGCUUCCAGCAUCCUCCGGUCGGCGUCUAUCUUGGUCCUGGCCUCGGCCCUUCUGCUUUGUCCUGUAACAGCUCAGGAGGAUGUUCAGAGCCAGUCCCCCACGCAGGUUCUGAAGGACCUGUUGGCCCGUCAUGGAGACAACAGCACCAUCACGGUGCCACAGCUGCGUUCCCUAUUGGCCCUCCUCAGCCAGGGUCAAGGCGACGGUGAAGCUGAUGCGGUACAUCCAGAUAUCACAGCUACGACUACAUCACCUAAGAUAAACAAAUCCAAGUGCUUGCCCGAGGACAAGCUAGCCAUCUACAGCAUGGGUGAGCAGUCUCGUUUGGACGGGCGGGGCUUACAGGAGUUGUGCCCCACCAUGCUGCAGCAGCUGGAUGCCGGUGCAUGCCGUGCCCACAAUCAAGACGAGCUGAGCAGCGAUGUCUCGCCAAGGCCAAGUGAUGCUGAAGUGUGGGGCUUUUCUUUCCUGAGCGUGUCUGUGGUCAAUGUCUUCGCCCUGACCGGAAUCUUCAUUGUGCCUGUGAUGAAGACGCGCUACAUGAAGCACAUCUUCACCUUUUUCAUCGCACUUGCCAUUGGCACACUGUACUCCAACGCCGUCCUGCAGCUGCUGCCGGAGGCCUUUGGCUUUGACCCUAAGGUCAACUUCUACGUGUCCAAGUCUGCUGUGGUUUUUGGAGGCUUUUACCUCUUUUUCUUCACCGAGAAGAUUCUCAAGAUGAUUCUCAAGCAAAAGCACACGGGUCACGGCCACAGCCAUUAUUCUAGCGCCGAGCACUACUCGGCACCCAACGGAGACCUUGAGGAAGGUGAGAAGCUGCAGCACAACGGGGAAGUGAGCGACGGCCAUGCUGUGUCCAAAAUGGACACCGGCGAGGGCGAGCUCAUGCUGCGUCCCACACAGACGCCUCAGGACUCGCAGAGUGCGGAUGGUGGUGGCAGGCCGGCCAGCAGGAGCGGCGGUGGCUGCCAUUGGCUGAAAGGGACGGCGUAUUCUGACAUCGGCACACUGGCCUGGAUGAUUACGCUGAGCGACGGCCUGCACAACUUUAUUGACGGUCUGGCCAUCGGCGCUUCCUUCACUGCCUCAGUCUUUCAGGGAAUCAGCACUUCGGUGGCCAUUUUGUGUGAGGAGUUCCCUCAUGAGCUUGGCGACUUUGUCAUCCUGCUGAACGCCGGCAUGACCAUCAAGCAAGCACUCUUCUUUAACUUCUUGUCAGCGUGCUGUUGCUACCUGGGGAUGGGCUUUGGCAUCCUGGCCGGAAACAGCUUCUCCCCCAAUUGGAUCUUCGCCCUGGCAGGAGGGAUGUUCCUCUACAUAUCUCUGGCAGACAUGUUCCCCGAGAUGAACGAGGUGAGUCGCGAGGAGGAGAACGCGGGCGGCAGCAGCUUCCUGCUCACAUUCGCCAUCCAGAACGCUGGCCUACUAACGGGCUUCGCCAUCAUGUUGCUGCUUACCACCUACUCCGGAGAGAUGCAGCUGGUUUAGCCGCCACUUCGGUACCCGCACAUCAUGUGACUGAUUAAUGACAGCUAGCCUUCACACAGUCUGAUUACAGCUGCAUUCUUCUGUGGUGUCAGCACCCAAACUAAGCAGACUGCCUGUCUUUUGUUUUCUACGUGAUGAGAGGAGAUGCGUCAGCUCCUUUUCCUUUUUUUUAAAACUUCAGUUAGAGGGGAAUUUUUUUACGUUAGUCUUAAUCUUUGAGUUAGCACCCUGAAACUGACAAAUAACUGACAAACUGCACAGAAUUUGUUGAAAUCAACUCCUCUGACCAAUUAAACCCCUGCUAACUCAAAGAUUAAGCCCAAUGUCAAAAAUCCCGAACUUCCGCUUUAACCUUCCUCUGAAUAAAUCUGCGAGCAAACCGGAUGGACACUAUUGUGAAAACAUGCUCGGGUCAUCGAUUUAAAGCGACGACGCCACCCAAAGAUUAGAAACGUUUCUCGUCAUCGCUUCUUAUUAGGGCCCGAGCACUAGACGUGCGAAGGCCCUAUUGUUUUGCAAAGGAUUAUUAUUAUUAUUAUUAUUAUUAUUAUUAUUAUUAUUAUUAUUAUUAUUAUUCUUCUUUUUUCAGGGCAAAUGAAAAUGGCCAAUUUGGAGGCCUGAACAUGCACGAAAAGUCACCAAAAUUUGCACAUACGUGCCGCUUCGCGUAAAUUUCGAUAAUCUUGUGUCGUUUUGAAAAAAUGUCAAAAAAUGGCUCAGUGGCGCCCCCUUUACCCUUAAAAUUUUCAAAAAGGCCUCUCCUCUCAGGUUUUCAACGUAGAGCAAUGAAAUUUGGGG